UGAACAUUAUAAUCAGACUAUUUUAUCGUUGCCAGAUGUUCAUCGGUAAAUGAGAAUCCUAUCCUAUCGGACAAGUGGCCGGUCAACAAAACUGUUGUGUUGGAUAAAAGAUCAUUUCCGGAUGUUUUGCUGCUGAUUUACAUGUAGUAAUGGAAGGUGGAGGAGACUCAGAGACAGCUUCAGUCAUGGAAUCAACAUCACUUGGUAAAUAUUCCUCUGAGGGACAUCAAACAGAAGAACAUGUUGAUGGAGAGGUAAAGGAGGAACAAGGAGAGGAUGUCAUUGAGAAUGAAAGAGAAAGGGAAUCACUGAACGAUGGAACCGGUGACAUGGAGAUAGAAGACAGUCAGGGACAACAUCUGAAUGAUUCAUCUAAAGAAGAUGUCAGCACCAAUGGAAUACAUCGAUUAAAUGACAUUGACCUGACACAAACAGAAGAAAGUGGCAAUGGAAACAGUGACAAAGAACAACAGCUUAGUGAUUUGUCGCAAGAAGACGGUAACAUCAAUGAAAUAAAGGAAGAUUUUCCGAAUCACAGGAUGAGUUGCCAUGGUGACCAUCCUAGUGAAACAUCAUGUCAAGACACUGUUGAAGAACCACGUAGCGAAAUAGUGCAAUCAGAUAUGACUGAUAAAAGUGAUCAUAUUUCUCAUAAUGCAAUCCCAGAGUCUGAUAAAUCAAGAACUUCAGACACACUGAUGGAUGGUGAACAGCCAAAUCAAGCAUCAGUAACUCCCAAAAAGAUUGAGUUGGUAGAAACUGGACAGGAAACUGCAACAUGUUGUGCCGACACAGAAACCAAGACGUCCAGCCUAAAAGCUUCCUUCAAUUGCAAUCCAUCUAAAAGUGUAAAUUAUAGUUCACCAGAGGCUUUCUUGUUGUCAAUUUCAAAAGAUGUAAGUGAUGAUUCUCAACUUAAUAUACCUGUGAAAACAGCCAGUGAAUCACAUUCAAGACUUGCAAUUAGUGCAGGAAUGAAAUCCCCGCAAAUUGCUGAGAAUCGAGAAAAACCAAAGACAAGAACUAAAGAGGAAGCCAAACAGACUCAAAGAUCUGAAUUAUCUUCAGAGAAACUGUCAAGAAUUGAAUGUACGUCAGUGCAAUCAGCAAGAACAGCCAUGGAUCAGGAUGAUGAUUUGCUGUCAGAAUUGGAUGCAGAAUUGGAUGACUUCUCGGUGCCACAGACACUUACUGAAGGUGAUCCUAUUAAUGGUUUGCUGAGGAAGGGAAUCAUUCUGGAAGAUAUUCCGCAGUUUAAAAUGAUGAAACUACUAUCUGAGGAAUUACAGCAAAAGGUUGAUAGCCUUCAUGGAGAAAUCAAAAGCAUGCAACAACGAUUGUCCAGUCAGCAAAAGCAAGUCAGUGAUCUAGAACAAGAGAAAGAUGCACUACAGAUGAAUAUCAAACAAGCGGAAUCAGUUCAAAGUGUUCAUCUAUUGAGAGUGAAAGAGCUUGAGUUACUAAUUGACCAACAAAAAGUGGAAAUAGCGGCGGCUAAAGAACGACAGCAGUCCCAUGAUUCUGCGGCCAAGAAAGCUAUCACACAACUCCAACAGGAAAUGAGCCUUAGGGUAGACCAGGUAAAAUCCAUGUAUGAAGAAGCCAUCAAAGAGAAGGAAGCUAUAGUCAUGAAGUAUGCCAAGAGUGAGAAAGAAGUCUCAGAUCAGAAGAAACUACGUGAGACUUUGGAGAAGACAGUGGAAUCACUCAAAUCACAGUUACAUGAUAUAAAGAAAGAACGCUCUAAGUUAAAGAAUACUGCUGCGUCUAAGGAGACCGAAGCUUCAUAUUUGCAGAAAGAAGUUGAUCAACUGAAGGAGGAAGUCAGCUCACAAGGAAUCAAAGUCAAAUGGGCCCAGAAUAAGCUCAAGACAGAACUAGAUGCACACAAGGAGACCAAAGUGAAGCUAGCCAAGACAGAACAAAGACUAACGGAGGCCAAAGAAGAGACAGAACAAAUCAGGAAAAACUGUCAGGAGAUGAUCAAGACUUAUCAGACCUCUGAAGAAGUGAAAUCCAACAGUCUUGACAAGCAGCUGAAGGUGAAACACAGUGAGCUGGAACAGAAAUUACAAGAGCAGAAAGACCACUUGGAAGUUCAUCAGGCUAGACUCCGAGAACUUGAGUCACUUAAGAAGAAUCUUGCUGAUAACGUAGCUGAACUCGACUCAUUCAAAGUCAAGAACAAGUGUUUGGAAACUGAAAGACUCCAAAAUGAGGAACUUCUAGCUAAAUUCAAAGAACUUCUCAAUUCUCAAAAAGAAGAAAACCGGCGACUUAACAAACAGCUUGAGGAAAAGAAGACGUUGGCACAAGAACUUGACAGCUUGAAGCAGACAGAGCAACAGCUACGAUCAGAAGUUUCUGGUCAGAAAAAUGACCAGUCAGACUUGGAGAUGGAGCUAGAGACAAGAAGACAGAAAGAGGGCGAGCUAUUGCAGUUUACUGAGAAGAUAACGAGUAAGAACACGUCACUGAGCUCUGAGAAUACCGCCUUGAGGUCAAAGGCAAGUCAGCUAGAAUCUGCCGCUCUAAAACUUCAGAAAGAUCUUGAUGAGUUGCAGACCAGCUACAAUCAGUUGAGCUCUGAGUUGAAGCAGGAGCAUCAGUUUCGUGAGCGUGAGUCAUCACUGCUCACAAGCAAACUCAAUGAGAAGAGUCGUGCUUUAGAACAACUGUCUAUCCAGCUGGAUGAAGCCAGGGAUGAUAAUAAGACUCUGAAAAGGAAACAUGCUGCAAAUACAAAGGAUUUGACAAGACAGUUACAGCAGGCACACAAGCGUUUAGAAUCCAUUGAUUCGUCUGAGAAUCCAUCCCGUGAUACUAUCAGUGUUGGUUCACGCACCAGUAGUUCAGGAUCAUUGGAUACACUUCCGGGCUCAACUCCUAGUGCUGUCAAUUCAAGUGGUUCAUCAGUCUCCGUCAGCACAUCAGCAUCAUCCAAACCGGAGGAACAUCCUGCACCUCAUGAUCACACGGUUGCAAUCGCUACAGGCAACGACUAUCCUGGAGUCGACAAAGGAAUGUUAGUUGACCGCAUUGUGCGAUUACAGAAAGCUCAUCAACGGAAAAAUGAAAAGAUGGAAUUCAUGCAAGAACACAUUUCCCACCUGGUAGAAGAACUCAAAAAGAAAUCCAAGAUUAUUCAGCAGUAUAUAAUGAGAGACGAAGCUGGAGCCCUGGUACCAGUAUCUAGUGAUGUCAAUAAGUCCCCAUCCGGCUUACGAAGCACUAUGGCACAGAUGUCAAAGCAAGGUGGUAUCAUGUCUUCUCUCUACCGCUCUCAAUCAACUGAUCCUAGCAUGACCCUUGAUCUUUCGCUGGAGAUCAAUCGCAAACUCCAAGCUGUGCUUGAAGAUACUCUGCUGAAAAACAUCACUUUGAAGGAAAAUAUUGAGACCCUUGGUCAGGAAAUUGCAAGGCUGCUGAAGGAGCAACAGAAACAUCAUUCUGGUCACAGAUGAUAAAUAAUACAAUCUCAUCAUAGAAGGCAUAGCAGCAGCAUCAUCAACCCUCCAUAUAUUAGACAGCUUCAUCAUUUAUUGAUGGAGGUCAACAGAAAGUGCUCAUAUUUUAAGAGAGCCUAAAUUUCUUAGAUAGGAAAAGCAUUUUUUUUCAAGGCAAGAUGAUGCCUGGCACCCUAAUAGAAGGAGCAACGUGGUAGCCUUACUGAACACAAUAUUACUUGGUUUUUCUAAUGUAUCAAUAUGUUUAUAGAAGGACCAUUGAAUGUUUACGUAGGUUUUAAACUCUGUACGAUUCACACACAAUAUGUAUUCACUGUUUCAUCCAAGCUGCAUUCUAACUCUUUCUGUUGGUUUUUCUCCCUAUGGGCUCCUGUGCAAACAAGGACUCACUGAUGCGCGUACUGGUUCGCAUGCAUAUAAAGCAAAGUACACAUGCCUAAUUUAUUCUGAAUGUGCGCAAUCCUAUGGCAUCGUCGCUUGAGCGUCAAGGAAUCGUUGGCAAUGCGUUUGAAUGUCUCUCCAAGUGGUCUCCCCCAACUCUCCCUUUCUUACCGUUGAGGGGGUACUUGUGCACGGAGCCCAUAGUUUGUUUAUUUUGAUCUUUUAAGCAUGUCAUGCUUGCUUUAUGCUCAAAAUGAUAAACAAUAUGCACAAAUUAAUUCCAAUUAAGAUUUUAUCCUCUAUCUAUUUAGUUUUGUUCUUUUAAUGAUGUAUAUUGAUAAAGCAUUCUAACAGAGUAUAGCCCUAAAUAUGGCAAGGCAUUCCAAAAAUUCCAAAAUAUACAUGUAUGUUGUAAUUUUUGUAUAUAUUGUAUAAUUUAUGAAAGAAAACACAUGUACAUAGCAAGCGAAAAAUAAAUGGUUAGAAUUUACAGGGGGUAAGUGUUAUAACUGCAUGCAACAAAAUUGCUGCCAUGUAUAUUAUUCAUGGUUCUAGGUUGUUGUUUUUUCAUAUGUAUUCAACCUGAAUCAGAAUCAUAGUUUCAACCAGGACGUGGUAUGCUUUAACCUCCUGUUAUUGUUCUUUAUUGUUGCAUGAAAAGACAAGUACAUAAUGACAGAAAGGGAAUGGUAUUGUUUGAUAUUAAAGGGGCACUAGGUCCUGAGAUCCCCAAAAAUUUCAUGUUUUGGAUUGUUUACUUAUCCUAUUUUAAACAUCUGGUUGAAAGGAAACCAACCUAAUGUCUUACCUAAAAAACCUGGUUGUUUACAUUCACAUAACGAAUAUUUUUUUCCUGUCAUUCAAUGUACACUUUGUGCAUGUGUCUGUUAUAACGUACAUAUACAGCACCAUGCUUGCGAACAGCAAUGACCAAUCACCAAUGCACAAAAUGUGGUUUCUUACACGUCCGCACAAGGCGAACUCUUUUUAUGGAUGAAAUCACAACUAGCAUCAAAACAGCUCAACUUUUUUAGGCCGCAAAAGUGGACCCCAAAAGUCAUUCUCGCACGCAUAAUACAGAAAUAACACAAAAACGCCAAGUUUUUAUAGGAUAGUUUUGUGGAUGUUUAUAUGGUCUGCAAUGAAAUGCAUGUACAUGUGAAUCAACAACUUAUAAACUGCUUUGUUGUUUGGAGGGGGCUAAAUCUACAUAAAUUUGGAUCUUGAGGAAAAGCAAUAUAGAAAUGGUUUAAUAGAAAAGAUGAGGUGAGAUUUUUCAAAGAGAAAUGGGAAUAAAGUACAAUAAACAAAAUAAAUGUUGACACCCUUUACAAUAUGAGAUCCCAUUGUGUAUAGUCCACCUAGUUCAUAUUAAGAAUAUAUGUCUAGAAUUACUGAAUGAUGAAUGUAAAACUAUUUCUGAGUUUACUUAAAUAAUUUACCUUGUAAAAGUAUCACUCAACAACGAUAUCGCUUUAAAAUAUGUCUGUCACUUGAACAUUAACUAGGUGCAUUUGCAUUUUGUUCGAUGCAUACAUUUUGUUUGAUGCAUGUACAUGUAUAUGGGAAACAAAUCUGUCACUUUUUUCCAGAGAUCAAUAAUACCCACUCCAUAUAUCAUAACUAAGAGAAACAUUUCAAGUCAUUUGUUUUUAAAUUAUGUAUAAACAUGUAGAUUUAUGCAUCAGCACAUACCACACAAAUGAUGUCCGUUGAGUACAUGUAUUCAAAUUUGAUUUUAGUCAGGCCAAACAUUCUAACCACAUUUAAGACAGAUUUGUUUGUGUAUUUAAACUAGUUUAUCCUAUGAGCUAUAUGACCAAGUUCACACCUAUAGAUGUUUACUUAGUUUAAUUAACCAUAUGUAGUGUAAUUUUAUGAUGAUUGUUAGCACAUGAAACAUGUUUAACCAAGUGCAAUCAUAUUUUAAUAAUUUUCAGUACUUUCUGAUAAGUAGCAUCUUCAUUACAGAGUAUUGGGCAUUGUUAAUCUACAACAUUUAACAGGUUGAAUCGUUGUUUGUAUAUGUUUGGUAAGGAGUAGGAUGUAUUCCGUUUAAUUAUAUUUCUGAGGGCAUCAAGGCGUAUAUCUGAAUAACAAAUAGAAGGGAUAUCCAUAUGAAAUUAUUGAAUUUCCUAGAAACCUACAUGCACAAACACCAUUAAUUGUCAUCAAGAAAGACAAAGCAAUCUAUACUGACUUGUCGAAGGACAGGAUCUUACUUAAAAAAAACAACUUUCAUUUAAGAGAAUGUUUUUUUUGGUUUUUUUUUUUGUUGACAUGUUCUUGAGAUUGUCAUCAACUUGUUAUACACCGUUGUCAAGUUCACAUUACAUGUAUGGACACAAUGUCGCUCUUCAUGUUGACAAUUAAUUGAGUGUCUUAUCAAAUUCUACGUCCUGGUAAUCAUAAUUUCAGAAAGCAUAAGUAACUCAGCACCUUUCAAAUUCUUUAUGUGAUCAACCAUAUCAGCAUUUUUAGUUUUUAGACGUAAAUAUCUUUUAAAUGACGGCAUUAAAGAAAAUAAAUUCCGGCAUUCAGAUUCUGAUGAUAAAAAAAAA